AGAAUCGCUCUCUCUAGCAGUGCCCAAGGAGGUGAAGCCCGUCGCCCGUCGGGAGCAAGUAGGCGCAGGCGGCGCUGGAGCUGUGGAAUUUUGGGGAAUCCUUGGCUGGGCUCAUGGGCUCAUGUCAUGGGCUGUGAUUUGUUUUUGUUUUUUUUGGACACGUUAGUGGGCUGUGAUUGUUUGUACAGACUCUUAUUACGCUAACUGACCGGUACAUCUUCAUCUUCCACCUCUCGACCCGGCCGCCGUCAGCGAGCAAAGCCUGCAAGCCAAAUCCCCCGCCGCCGCCCCGAUCUAAUCUAACCUCGCCGCCGUUGAGAUCCAACCUUCCCGCUGGAGGAGGAUGAUCUGAUCUGGUCUCAUCUGACCUCCCCCACCGCCGCCGCUUUCCGUAGCCAUGCCAUCCGUCGGGACCCGCCGCUCCACGCGUGUCUUCGUGCCCAAGGCGACCAAGCCCGCCAGAGGGGUUCGCUGCUGCGGCGACCGCCUCGCCUUAUCCAAAUCCCACUGGCCCAAGGACGCCUUCCACCACAGGCCGCCGCCGGCACCAUCCACGAGGUCCUUUGGGAUCGUCUACAGCCGAAAGCGGAAGCGGAAGCUCCCAGCUCAACCCAAGCAUGACGACGCGAGGUUUGGGAUAGUGUUCACCAGGAAGGACAAGCGGCCAAAGGUCGCCCCUUCCCUCCACGACAACCCCAGCUACAUUCCGUGCUCCUGCUCCUCCUCGUCCAGGGAAUUUGCCUCAAGGAUUGGAUUCCUGGACCUGGAUGCUAAGCCCUCGACCCUUGUGGAUAAUGGUGUUGCGCUGCUCGUCGUCCUCGUCGACACAUCUUGCUCUGGGAGCUCUCAUCACUUCUUGCGCCUUCUCCUCCCUCUGCUGCGGUGGAUGCGUCACCACAGUCAACGGAGCAAGCUCCGGAACCUGGCCUCUUUCCUCUCUUCUGCCGCUCUUGCCACCGUAUUCGCAUCGCUCGGCCUGCACUUUAUCAAGCUCCGGCGCCGGAGAACAAGUUCAUCAUUUCAGAGGACUAUGGCUACGGUGCACUGCGGGUGGUGCGAGCUUCGUGACGCCAACCAAUCUCGACCACUUCUGUCGGUCAAUUUCUCUGCACUUCCUUCCUACUUCCAGAGCUUGCAUUCCAUGAUUGCUCUUCGCUCCAUUUAUUUGCCGGCCAUAUUUCAGCGGAGCAUGGGUCUGGUUGGCAGAACUGAAGAAAUGUAUCCUCGAGAUGCUUUGGAGGCAGAUUCCUGGUCUCCGAGCGCUUUGAAUGUUGAACCUGCUGUUGAUCUGCGCUGCGAUGACGCUUGCAGAGUGUUCCAGGAUUAUGUGCCCCCUAAACAAGUUUCAGGAUCAGCGAUGCAUGCUCUGAGGCUAAAGAAGCACAAAAGGAAGAGAAGCUCGAUGAGGCGUCCUGUAAGUCGGCGUCGCCUUGCAGCAAGAUUUCCCGACAUGGCGAUUGGGAUGAAACAGGGUACCAUGACCUCUCUGACAGAACUGAAGCCAGCCUUGACUGGGCCAGAGGUUUCCGUGAAACCUUUCCAACCCAAACCGGCAUUUGACAUUUCUCUUGAUUUGCUUGAAAACAUGGAUGACAGUGAUGUUUCGACUCCUGUGAGAUCAAAUGGGAAGCAAAAAGGGUCUUCUUUCAAAAGUCCCGUUGAGCACACACAUGAAAAGCUGCAUUUGUCUGAGGUUAGGCAAAAUAUAGAUUCUUUUCUCUGCAAAGCAAACCUUUUAAUCAUUCAAGCUGAUAGGUGCUGGAGAGAAGAAGGUGCUGUGGUUAUGCUAGAACUAUCAAAUCGCAAUGGGUGGUGCAUAGCUGUGAAGUUAAACAGUGUUACUAGAUUCUCUCUUAAGCCUUCAGAGCAAAGGUUUUAUGUUGUUAACCGAAUCAACCAUGCCUACAUUUGGGCAGUCGAAGAUGGAUGGAAACUUGAGUUCUCUGAUAAGUCGGACUGGCUUUUAUUCAAAGAGUUGCACAUUGAGGGCCGGGAGCGCAACUCUCAGAGAAAGAUUAUUCCAAUUCCAGGUGUACAUGAGGUUUCUGACGGCGUGGGAGGGGUUGUAACAGAUCCUUUUUCACGCCCUGUGCCGGACUAUAUCAGAAUGGUGGAUGAUGAAGUUGCACGGGCUCUCUCAAGGGAUUCAGCUUAUGACAUGGACUCAGAGGAUGAACAGUGGCUCAUUCAGCUGAACCAUGGGGCUUCUGAUAGAAGAAGCUCCCAUCUGAACCACAUUUCCUUUGAAGAUUUCGAGAAAAUAAUAACCUUGCUCGAAAGGGAGGCCUACAACAAUCCCAAGGGAACCAGUGAUGUGGAUCAGCUUCUUUCCACAUAUCCGGCUAUAGGAAAGGACGAUAAUGUCCUUGCCGUAUAUGAAUAUUGGAUAAGUAAAAGAUAUAAGAAAGGUGCACCAUUGCUAAGAGUAUUUCAGGGUGCACCGGUAAGGCGAGGAAGACUAUCAGAAAAAUCUUCUGUUAAGAAGAAGAGAUCUUUGAAGAGGCCAAAACGCCAAACUGGCCGAGGAAAGCCUGGAAUCUUCUUGCGAGACAAUGCUGAAGAGGAGGCUUUGCAGAGAGUCGUGGAAGCUGAACGCGCAGCAAAACAGGCUGUAGAAAGGGCUGUUCAACUGCGCAGUAGAGCUCAGUCUCUCAUGGAAAACGCCAACCUCGCGACAUACAAGUCGGUGAUGGCUGUCAGGAUUGCUGAGGCUGCAAGCAUAUCUGACUCGUCCCGGGAUCUUGUUUGGAGGGCCCUCGACUAGUUUUUUUUUCUGUCCUUGUUUCAUUGAUGUGUGAUAUUAUUGGCUAAGUUGAGGGUCUCUCUUUUUUCCCUCCUCCCCGGUUGUUAACUAUGUUCGAGGUGAUCACAGAACUGUAAUUUCUUGUGUAAAUGAUAGUUUACCUGGCUAGAUUCUGGCAUUCUGCACACACACAUGUUCUGAAAGAAAUGGAACGAAAAAGAAGAAGAAUCAGCAUUUCAGCUGGAAGUUAAAUUC